AUGUCCCGCCAUCAUCCAGAUCUCGUAAUGUGUAGGAAGCAGUCAGGUAUCGCAAUCGGACGUCUCUGUGAUAAGUGCGACGGCAAAUGUCCCGUAUGCGAUUCAUACGUUCGUCCCACAACUCUCGUACGUAUCUGCGAAGAGUGCAGUUUCGGCAACUACCAAAACAAAUGUGUUGUAUGUGGAGGGGAAGGCAUUUCAGAUGCAUUCUAUUGUUUUGAGUGUACGAGAUUGGAAAAGGACCGUGAUGGAUGCCCAAAGAUCAUCAAUCUGGGUAGUAGUAGAACGGAUUUGUUCUAUCAAAAAAAGAAUUUUCGGAAUCAUUAA